UUUUGGCAAGCAGCUCAUUCUGUCCACGCUGGAACUACGAGACUACUGUAAACUUUCAGUACACUAUAACUUUUAGCUUCAGCCUUCAGCGUGCAUUCGAGUGACAUCCUAAACACCAGUUGGAGUUCACAGGGUGGUAACAUAACGGGAGAACAUGGCAGAAGCUCACCAGGCCGUCGCAUUUCAGUUCACAGUCACCCCAGAGGGCAUUGACCUCCGACUCAGCCAUAAUGCAUUGAAAGAGAUCUACCUCUCGGGCAUCAGGGCCUGGAAGAAAAAAUGCAUCAGAAUCAAGAACAAUUUUGCGAGUGGUGUUUACCCUGCCAGCCCAUCCAGCUGGCUUUUUGUGGUAUUGACUGUAGUCGGUACCAUGUAUACAAGAGUCGACCCCUCAAUGGGAAUGAUAGCCAAGCUUAAGGACCACCUGCCUCUAAGAAGAUACUUGUCGCACCAGGGUCAAAGUCUGGUGAGUGCACUGCUGUUUGCGACAGGCCUGUGGCUGGCACUGAUUUUUGUGAUGCGGCAGAUCCUCAAAGCCCUCCUCUCCUACCAUGGCUGGAUGUUUGAAGAACAUGGCAAAGUAUCCACUACCACUAAAGUCUGGUUUACUCUAGUGAAGAUCUUCUCGGGACGUAAACCAAUGUUGUACAGUUUCCAGAACUCCCUUCCACGUCUGCCUGUUCCAUCUGUAAAUGACACCUUAAGAAGGUUUUUGGAGUCGGUGAGGCCUCUGAUGAAUGAUGAGGAGUUCCGACGGACAAAGGCCUUGGCAAAAGACUUUGAACGGAACCUGGGACCUCGGCUGCAGUGGUAUCUUAAACUCAAGUCUUGGUGGGCUACCAACUAUGUGAGCGAUUGGUGGGAACAGUACGUCUACCUACAAGGAAGAGAGCCAAUCAUGGUCAACAGCAACUAUUAUGCAAUGGAUUUCUUGUAUGUGACUCCGACAACAAGUCAGUCUGCACGUGCCGGUAAUCUAGUCCAUGCUUUGCUCCUUUACAGACGGCGACUUACUUAUGAGGAAAUCCAACCGAGUACUCUACCAGGGUUCCCAAUACCUCUGUGUUCAGCACAGUGGGAACGAAUGUUCAACACGACUCGACUGCCAGGCGAGGAGACAGACCAGUUACAGCACCGUGUGGACAGCAAGCACAUCGUAGUCUAUCACAAGGGUCGUUAUUUUAAGGUUUGGGUGUAUCAAGGUGGGCGCCUUCUGAAUCCCAAUGAGCUACAGGUACAGUUCCAGUACAUCUUGGAUGAGAAUUCCUCACCUCAGCCAGGUGAGAAGUAUCUGGCCGCACUGACUGCAGGAAACAGGGUUCCCUGGGCUAAGGCCCGGAAAUCAUACUUAAGCUCCGGAAAGAACAAGACGUCACUGGACAGCGUGGAGAGAGCAGCAUUCUUCGUCACUUUGGAUGAUAGUAACUAUGAUUUAUUUGUGGAAAACCAGGUGAAGUCACUGGAUGAAUAUGCCAAGUCACUGCUACAUGGCAAGUGCUAUGACAGGUGGUUUGAUAAGUCAUUCACUUUCAUUGUAUUUGCAAAUGGCAAAGUGGGAUUAAAUGCAGAACAUUCCUGGGCUGACGCACCAAUCAUAGGACAUCUGUGGGAGUAUGCAUUGGCCACAGACUGCUUUCAACUGGGAUAUGAUGAUGAGGGUAACUGUAAAGGUGAAGUAGAUACCACUCUGCUACUACCACAGAGACUACAAUGGGACAUCCCAAAGGAGUGCCAAGACGUGAUCAUGCAUUCGCUGAAGGUAGCACAGAAACUGGCUGACGAUGUUGAUUUCUAUGCAUUUCCGUUCACUAAGUUUGGCAAAGGUAUGAUUAAGAAGUGCCGAACCAGCCCUGACGCCUUCAUACAGAUCGCACUGCAGCUUGCUAAUUUCAGGGAUAAAGGUUCAUUCUGCCUGACCUACGAAUCCUCAAUGACUCGGCUGUUCCGUGAGGGGAGGACCGAGACUGUGCGCUCGUGCUCGGUUGAGUCAUGUAACUUUGUGACAUCCAUGGAGAGUAACAAGUUUUCGGUUGAUGAAUGCCUAAACCUAUUCCGCAUUGCUGCCAAAAAUCACCAACACGUCAGCCGACUUGCCAUGGUCGGACGUGGUGUUGAUCGUCAUCUCUUCUGCCUCUACGUGGUGUCCAAGUACCUGGGAGUCAAUUCACCGUUCCUUCAAGAGGUGCUUUCAGAGCCAUGGUGUCUCUCAACAAGCCAAACACCCAUCCAGCAAAUUGAACUGUUCGACCUUGUGAAUCAUCCGGAAUACGUCUCCAUUGGAGGAGGUUUUGGCCCAGUUGCAGAUGACGGUUACGGUGUUUCUUAUAUUAUCGUCGGAGAGAAUCUCAUCAACUUCCACGUCUCCUGCAAAGUCUCCAGCCCAUUAACGGACGCGCAUCGUUUUGGUAAACACAUCACCGACGCGAUGUCAGACAUCCUCGCACUCUUCAAUUUGGAUGCGAAAAAGCCCUAAAUGUUGUAAUUCUACCUGCCUGACACAGCAAAAGGGAGGGAAAAAAACACUGAGGAUCCCGCACACCCAAAGUUGCUUGAACAAUUCGUUCUGCUAAAGGACUUGGCGUGCGUAUGCACUGUUUUCUUUGUGUCAACUUUCAUUAUUUAUUCAUUUGUGUCAAGGGGCUGAUUUUAAAUUAAAAAAACAAAAAGCAACAACAAUGCAAAGGAAAGGGACUUACCGUUGGAACUCUGGUGUGUGGAAGAGACAGGGCUUGAACAUUAACAUUAAAAAGCUGUUUUCUCUGUAGAGAAUUAAGCUAUAACAUUUUACUCUUCUAAUCAUUCUCUGUUUCCCUGCCAGAGUUGCACCAUGUGUAUAAAAACAAAAAAACUGCGGAUGCUGGAAAUCCAAAACAAAAACAGAAU